UUCUGCCCUGAAAUGGGGGUGGGGUGAGGAAGAGACUAGGGCUGGUUUCCUGGGACCCGGGAGGACAGAGGGCCCAGGUCUGUGCGGGUCCCCUCGGCUGCGCAAGGUGGGGUUGAGGACUGGAUCCUCUCUCCUCACCGGAGCAUGGAGCUGGAGCCCCUGCCCUUCUCUCCCCAGAACAUGUCACCCGAGGAGUGGACGUAUCUGGUGGUUCUUCUCAUCUCCAUCCCUAUCGGCUUCCUCUUUAAGAAAGCUGGACCUGGGCUGAAGAGAUGGGGGGCAGCGGCGGUGGGCCUGGGGCUCACCGUGUUCACCUGUGGCCCACACACGCUGCACUCUCUGAUCACCGUGCUGGGGACCUGGGCGCUCAUUCAGGCCCAGCCCUGCUCCUGUCACGCCCUGGCCCUCGCCUGGACCUUCUCCUACCUCCUGUUCUUCCGAGCCCUCAGCCUGCUGGGCCUGCCAACUCCUACGCCUUUCACCAAUGCGGUCCAGCUGCUGUUGACACUGAAGCUGGUGAGUCUGGCCAGUGAUGUCCAGGACCUGCACUUGGCCCAGCGGAAGGAAAUGGCCUCGGGCUUCAGCAAGGCGCCCACCCUGGGGCUGCUGCCCCACGUCCCCUCCCUGACGGAGACGCUGAGCUACAGCUACUGCUACGUGGGGAUCAUGACGGGCCCAUUCUUCCGCUACCGCACGUACCUGGAUUGGCUGGAGCAGCCCUUCCCAGAGGCUGUGCCCAGCCUGCGGCCCCUGCUCUGCCGGGCCUGGCCGGCCCCGCUCUUCGGCCUGCUCUUCCUGUUGUCCUCCCACCUCUUCCCGUUGGAGGCUGUGCGUGAGGAUGCCUUCUACGCCCGCCCGCUGCCUACCCGCCUCUUCUACAUGAUCCCCGUCUUCUUCGCCUUCCGUAUGCGCUUCUACGUGGCCUGGAUUGCUGCCGAGUGCGGCUGCAUUGCUGCUGGCUUUGGGGCCUACCCUGUGGCUGCCAAGGCCCGGGCCGGAGGCGGCCCCACCCUCCAAUGCCCACCCCCCAGCAGUCUGGAGAAGGCGGCUGCCCUGGAGUAUGACUAUGAGACCAUCCGCAACAUCGACUGCUACAAUACAGACUUCUGCAUGCGUGUGCGGGAGGGCAUGCGGUACUGGAACAUGACAGUGCAGUGGUGGCUGGCGCAGUACAUCUACAAGAGCGCACCUGCCCGCUCCUACGUCCUGAGGUGAGGGAGCCCUCCCUGGGUGCUGGGAUGGCCCAGAACUGUGAGUCCCAGCAGCCCCCAGGCAGCCCAUGGCUUCCCUGCUGGAGCCCUGCCCCUGGGACUCAUGGGAAUUGUUUCUCAGGCACUGCACUGGGGUAAACCAUCCCUGUCUGGGCCUAAGGUCCUCCUCAUGUAGCAGGGCAGGGUAUUGGAUCCUAUUCAUCUUUUUUUUUUUUGUACGGGGGAUCAAACUUGGGACCUUGUGCUUCCAAGGCAGGUGG